AUGAACUACAACUAUUCGAACAAUGGUAGUUCUGCCUAUACUCCCUUUUCUCCAUUUUCAUGGUUUAAUUCAGAUCUUACUAUCAUCGCUAUGGUAUUGAGUUUCUUUAGCAUAACUUUAAAUGUUAUCAUUUUCCAUAAAAUUUGCACCCAGAAAUAUCUGCAGAUACCCUUGAAUCGCCUUAUCGCUAAUCUUGCACUUGCUGAUAUAAUUCAUGUCGUUACGUAUAGUGUAGUAGCGACUUUUCCUCUAAUAUUAAAGACGUAUCCUCAAUUAUUUGGGAAAAUAACACCAAACAUUGCUAAUAUUGUUUGCAACAGUUUAUUUUAUAUAUACGUUGCAUCAAUAACUACUUCUACAUUUACGCUGUUGAUAAUUGGAGCAGAAAGAUAUCGAGCAAUUAUACACCCACUAAAACGAGCAUACACUGGGAAGCAGAUGAAUAGGAUUUUGAUGGCAAUCUGGAUAAUAUCACUUAGUAGCACCCUUUUAAUUGUAAUUCUACGCAUUUAUGAUCGCAAUAGUAUUGUAAACUGCACAAGUUCAUUAUCGCCUUAUGGAUCUUUCUAUAAUGCUAUUUCAUUCACUAUUUAUGCCGUUGCUACGUUUGGAAUACCAAUAAUUAUUAUUAUCACAUUGUAUGCCUGCGUUAUUGCUAGAUUAUGGCAUCAUGACCCUCCAAUGGCCGAUUCAGAGUAUAAAGCAGAAGUCAAGAAGUCUAGGCGAAAGAAAAAUCAAGCCAUAAUGGCAUUACUGAUCAUUACCAUUUUAUCGGCAGCUUCCUACUUCCCAUUUAUGGCAAUACAUAUAGGAAUUGCAUUCCUAAAGCACUCUACUGGUAACGCGGUCAGGCGUUUACCCGAAAUAUUUUGGAUAUUUUAUCGUUUGUCUGCUCUUUUGAUGUUAAUUCCAACUAUUUUAAAUCCCAUGCUGUACAAUUACGCCAGUUCUGAAAUUAGAAGGGAAAUGAGAGCAUUUAUAACAAAUUUAUUUCGAACUCCAGGGAGAAGAUUACGUGUUCAUUCUAAGGAUACUAGUCACACAACUCCAAUCAUUAGGAAGUAA